UCACGCAAACUUCUAACAAGAUAUAUCUUGUUUGAUGGGUAUUUUCAUACAUCUAAUCGUUUCCAACGUCAUCCAUACACAAAUAUUUGUUCGUAAGGAACAUAUUUCAAAAAUCGCAAAAAUCAUCAGAAUUUUUCAAUCAUGGAAGGAGGAAACGAUGUUGUGGCCAAUCAGGAGAAGAAACGGGAGAAAAGGGUAAUAUUUUCAAAAGAAGAAAAUAAAUUGUUGAUGGCAUCCUUCGCAUUAAACCAAUGCCCAGCUAUCAAUGAAAAAGCAAGACUCGCUAACAUUAUUCGCGUCACCAAUCCAUUGGUCAACAUGGUCAAGAUAAGUAAAUGGUUCGACCACAAACGACAGAGACCCAGUAAGAUGAAGCCAAGAAAGAAGAGGAAUUUAGCUCUACUUCCCCUCACCAGUAGUCGAGUUUCGUGUUUGGAGAAAUCCUACAAGACUUCAAAAUGGGUGUCGGACAUGGAUCGGCAGAAGCUGAUGGAAGAAACUGGUCUCGCUGAGUCGCAGAUUAAGGACUGGUUUAUAAGACGGAGAAAGUCGGAUUCGACUCUGGAGAGUCAAGUGACGGCUCCUUCUCGCGCAACCACAAUCGUCAACACCAACCCAAGGCUCUUCUGGGUCAACAAGGAUACGGGGAAAUUGGAGUGGAAAACAAUAGAGGAGGGUGAAGAUUGCGCUGUUUAUCAUAAAUUGUAUAUUUCACUGUUUGACAUCGUCAAGAAAGAGGAUGCCCAAGGCAAAAUGGCUAAAACAGCUGUUGGCUAUACCGGAAUGGACAAUGCCAUUUCCGCUGCAAAACUUAAUUGGCUUGAUAUCAAGAAAGCUAUCAAGAAUAUUCUUAGUCUCGGAAUCUUUGCCUUGAUUAAGGCCUGUUCCUACCGAAAUGAUGUAGUCGAAGAUGGCUUGGAAGAGGUGCCAGAAACAGCUAAAUUUCUUGGAAUCUAUACUCCGAUCGAAACAGUUGCUAAGGGAAAAGCGUCAAAAGAACAAAUCAUCGAACUUUUCAAAUGGUGGUUUCGUCUCAGACUUCUUGCCCUGGGCACUCUCCGACCUCGAGAAUGCUUGGAUAUCCUGUACCCCUUUGCCGAAUACUUGGAAUCAGUGGUUCUCCAAUAUUUGGAGCAUAUGGCCCCUGUCACUCGUCGAUGGAUCAUACUUUCUGCUCCACAGAUGAAGGCCUACAUUAAGGACAAGUCUGCCGCCACCUUCCCUGGCGUUGAUGAUAAACUUGUGACUCGAUUUAAAUGUAUCGAACUGUGGAGUCAUGAUCCUGCUCUAUUCUAGCCGUCAGCCCAAGGCUUUAUUUUAUUAUUAUUUGAUCCAAGAUCAGUUUGUUUAUGUAUUCUCAUUCGUUGUUGGUUUUAAAAUAAAAUAUUGAUUGAAAUAUUCAA